AUGUUUCAAGAAAUGAGUAGUUUUAAAAAUUUUGAAUUACAAGAUAUUUCAAUAUAUUUAAAAAUUACAACAUAUUAUAAUAGAGUACAAGGAAAUACAAUUAAUAUACCUGUUGCAAAAAGUAAUCAGGUUAUUAUGUCUUUAUUAGGUUCUUUAAAAGUAAAAGCAUAUAUUAUAGAAAUUUGCAAUAUUGAAUUAGCAAAAAAACAAGAUGUAACUUUAAAUGAUAUUUUAGUAGAUUUUAAUUUUCAACAUAUUCAAUUUAGAAAAUCCAUAACAGUGCAUUUAGAAAAUAAGAUAAUGAUUAAUUGUUCAAGUGGAAGUAAAUAUAUAACAUCACUUAUAGAAUCAUUGAUAUUAAAGAUUUUUAUUAUUAAAAUAUGUGAUCGAGAUGUUGCUAUUCAAUCAGAUCCUUCUAUUGGAGAUAUUAUUUUAGAUAGAGAUAUUCAAGAUAUACAGUUCCAAACUGAAUUAAAAGUAGAAUGUGGAGGAUAUGAAUUUCAAGAUCAUGAGAUAAAUUUAUAUUUAAAUCUUAAUAAGUUAAAAGUUUGUUUAUUAGAAAAUGAUGAAAACACUAUUAAGAUUUUUAAUCAGAAAAAUUUUGCUUUAGUUGGUUUCAUAGAUUACUGCAACAUUGGGUAUGUUGAAACAUCAUGGAAACCCGAUUUUGAAACAGCUAGUUCUAUAGAAAAUUUAUUUUUACUUGUUCAAAAAUGUUAUAAUGAAUUUUAUAACUAUUUUUUAAUUAAAAUAUUAAAUAUUCUACAAAAUAAUCCACCAAAUGAUGAUGAUGAAUUUCAAAAAAUACAUGAUCAAAUUUUAUCAACUUUUGAAUUAGAGUUAUUGAGAAAUGGUGGAGAAUUAGAUUUAAAAAUUCAAAUUUCAAGUUUAACAGAUAUACAAAAACAACAAUUACAAGAGUUACAAGCUGAACAAAUUCAUCAUAUGAUAAGAUUUAAUGCAAUAAAAGAUGAAAUUGAAAAUAAAACAUUUGAAAAUAUAGAAAGAUUACAAUAUUUGGUAGAAUAUAAUAUAUUUGUAGAACAAAUUCAAAAUGAAACAGAUUUACAUAGAUUACGAGGGGUUUGGAUAACUAAAAUUGAUAACUCUCGAUUCUCAAAUGAAGAAAAAUUAAAUCUUCAUAAAAUAUGUAAAGAACGUAUUAGAAUUUUAUUAGAACAAUCACAACAAUCUGAUUAUCAGAGAAUACGAAAUAGUAUACUUGAAGAAACCAAUAUCACAAACUUGGAAGAUGAUAAAUAUUGGUUUAAAGAAAUAAAUAGAAGUAGUUUAAAUAAAAAUCAACGAAAAGAAUUAAAUGAUUUACAUGCCAAAACCUUAAUUGCUCUAUUUAAUAAACAAUAUGAUAAGAUUAGAAAAGAAAUUUUAGAAACAAAUGAUUCAUUUUUAUUAGAAGAUAGAGGAGAUAUAAAUAAACAAAUUCGAUUGUUGAAAGAUAAUAAUCUGACUGAUGAAAGAUAA